GGAAGAGAGUUGGGCGACGGAGUCGUUGAUCGAUCGGUUAGAGGUCGCGGCAGCGGCAGAGUCGGCGUUUAAGGAUGAAGGCGAGGAGGCACUGGCGGGUCAGCCGAAGACGCCGUUAACCAUGGCCGCACUACAAGCAAAUGACAAGAACCACCCCUCCUCAGAAACCUUCCACGAAGCCUUCGUAAAAGCACACGUAGCACUCCAACGCUCCUUAACCCAAGCCAACGAAUUCUACGAACGCGCUCUCGAACAUGACCGGCUCACGGCGCUCGCUUCCGCUUCUUCGAAGGACCAACAGGAGAAAUGCGCGGUUGUGCAGCAGAGGAGGAGGGAGCUGGAGAGGGAACAUUCGGAUGUGAGGAGGAGGUUGAAACAUGCGUUCUGGAGAUCGUUCCCGAUUGGACAUCAAGAAGCCGACAAGCAGUUGAAUGCUGGAUCUCCAAGCCGACCAAAGUUGUCGGCACAGCGGGCAAAGUCGACAUCCUCCCACCUCGCCUCGAUCUUCCCCCUUCACCUGCCUGGACACUCCGAUAACGUUCACGCACUCUCACCACCAGCUCCAUCAUCCGCCGCAUCCUCCAUGCCAGCCUCCCGCUCCCACUCCCGCGCCGUAUCCCGCCGCAACUCCAUCAAUGCCCUCGCCGCCAGAGACGAAUUUAAAGCCUUCAGAUACGAAGACAUGAAAGCCGUGGGACCCGCGCAUGGACUCUUACCUGGACGCGAAACGGAGGAGUGGAGGAAGAUGGUGGAGAAGGUCGAGGCUCAGUUUAAGGAGAUUGUGAGAGCGUAGAUCGCGGUGCGGGAUUUCCCUUGUUUUUGCGUGCAUUUUGUGUUGUGCAUGGAUGAUCAUGAGCAUAGCGUGGAUAUGGUGUUUUGAUGUGCUUUAGAUACCCUGGCUAUGGAUUAGA